ACCGGAGAUGGAGAAGGCUUUGAAGCAGCCGCCUCCUCCCUCCAAACAGCACAUCAGCAAUCUCUCCAUCGCUCUCUCUCCAGCCCUGACACACACACACUCACGCACACGCCUACAAGCAGGACGAUUGCAAUCACUCCGCACACAUCCUCCCAUCUGCUCUCUCCCACUUUUGCAAUUGGUGGCUGCUAGACUCCCCAGCAGAGGCUGCAAGACGAGGCACCCCAGCACCUCCCUUUCCUCACCUCCCCUGACCUCCAACCCACACAGAGACACACACUUUUAGAGCUAAUUCCAUUAUAUAUUCUUGACUGGAAGGAAGAGGGGUUGUCUUCUAAUUGCUUUCUUAUCCCCCUGAGUCCCCCUCACUGUUCCUCCUUUCCCUUCUCCCCUCUCUCUCCUCCUUUUCCCCUCCUUUGAGCCCGCCCCUUACCCUACGUGCACUCAACAUGGCAGCAGACAAGCAGAGGAGUGAGGCAAGCUAGAGCGCCAGAGAAAAAGAGAGAAAGAGGAAGAGAGAGAGAGAGAGGCAGGAAGCCUGCUGCUGUCAGGGAAUAUUGGUGCCAUUUUCAGCAUCGCAGGGUGAAAGGAUUGAGCCUCGCCGCCGUACGCUUGGCUCGGCUCGCCUCUGCUCGGCUCGCCUCUGCUCAGAUCGGCUGAACAAGAGGGCUUUAGGAGGGAGAACUACAAAAAGGAGGAGAGAACGGCUGACCCCCGCCCCUUACCCCUACACAGACCCCUCUUCCCCUUCCUCCCGUUUCACCUCACCUCCCCCUCCCUGCUCAGCCUACAGACGGAGUGAGUUAUGCAGUCCUUUCGUGAGCGCAACAGUGGUUACCACAGCAACCAACCCUGCUAUCAGCAGGAGCCCCAUGAAUUAUCUCGCCUGGAGACCUACCGGCAACACCCACAUCAUCCCCAUCCGCAGCAUCCACACCCAGGCCCUGGUCCACAUCCAGGCCCUGGCCCUGGGCACAACAGGUCAGGCUAUGAGGCUAUGUCUAAUGCAGCAAACGUGCCCACAGGUGGAGCAGCUGGAAUUGGAGGACCCAAGGACUGUUACAGCCAACAAAACUAUUCUGGGUACCCAGGAAGUACUGGAGGCAGUGGAAAUGGAAAUGGUAGCUCAUCAGCCUCACAGGCAAAAAAAUCCUUUAGAGGAAGCAAAGUUCCCCCACCAAACCCCAGUCAACACCUGCAGGGCCCUGGAGGCUACAGUAAUCACAUGGGCCCAGGAAAUUAUUCCGCCCAGUACAUGAGCGAGGGCCAUCUCCAGCAGAAAUGGGAGGACCCUGCACAGUUAGCACAGUAUGAACAGGAGAUGGUGGGGCGACUGGAGGCUGGUGCUUCCCCUGCACCUGGAUCCUCCCAGUACAUAGACUCAAACAUGUUGGGGCACUCCCAAACCCCAUGCCACCAGCCUUCUACCCCAAGUUAUACAAGUCCACAUCACCAGCCUCACCCUCCUAAUCCUGCUCCCUCACCUCUCAUGUAUCCCCAAAGUCACCUACACUAUCCUCAACCCUCCCCCUCUCCAUCCCCAUACAUGGAAAAAUGCAGUCCCAUGCCCCAUUGUUAUAAAGGCUACAACAUACCUCCAAAUUCUCAGUAUAGCAGACAGCUAAGUAGUCAUAGCAGUUUGAAGCAGGGGACUUACAGGUCAACCCAGAACAGCUAUGGAUACCAGCAGUCAACACCCAGAGGUUAUGAGCAGCAGACAUCUUUACAGGCAAUGACCAACCCCCAAGAACCCCACCCUAAAUACCAACACUAUAGCCAACCCCAACAAAAUUACUGUCUGUCAGAGCUCCCUGUCAGAUCUCCAGAACAGUAUUAUCAGACUUGCAGCCCCUCCUCAAGUCAUUCCCCUGCUCGCUCUGUCGGACGCUCACCCUCAUACAGUUCCACCCCUUCACCACUGAUGACUAAUCCAGAAUCAUUCCAGUAUGGCCAACCACCAAUGACACCUGGGGCAGCCUCGUCGUCGUCAUCCUCUUCAGCUGGUAUGCAAGAUCAAGCCAGCACAAACACCAUGCUAAUGCCCCCACGGUCCCACCCUUCACCCAACAUAUCCCACACAGCAUCCCACAGCUACACUUCAACGCCACAAGCGCCCACAAUGAAAGAGCGCUUCUCAGAGAAGCUGUUAUCAAACCCCAGCUUGUGGAGCCUGAAUGCUCUCACCUCUCAGGUGGAGAAUAUCUCCAAUAACGUUCAACAGCUCCUGCUUUCAGAAGCCCUGGUUGCAAACAAGAAGGGCAGCAAGCGCAGCAGUGGUGGGAGCAACAGCAGCACUGGAAGUGGGGCCUCCACCAAGAAAGGUGAAGAAUACAAAAGUCCUCCAUAUCCAGACAGUGGUGGCAAUGUGGGUGGGGCCCCCAUGCAUGAACCUUACUCUACCCCACAGCACCAACCAUUGCCUAUGGAACUCCAUGAGGGUGGCUACUCCAGCAGUAGUGAUGAACCAUUGGACAGAGGUUUCUAUUACUUUGGCCAGGGUAGAAGUCCAGCCCAGGCCCACAACAACACACAACUCAGCCUGGACACAGCCUCCUCUUGCUCCAUUGCCUCUCCAGAUGAUAUGUCUACUAGGUCUGGGGACUCGGGGUUGCACAACCUUACCCCUGAUCCUAUAAGAUGCACGGCAGGACAAGGAGGAGAUGGCAUGAAUACCCCAGUGAAGAGCAUUGGUGAUGAGAGAUCUCCAACAAGCAUUACAAUACCAAGUCCUAUGAAACAAGAAAGUGACUCCCCAUCAGACACACAACACAUCAAUCAGCCUGUAAAAGAGAACUUUGAAGAGUCAGCUUGGACUGAAAAACCUGCUGGAAAAGAAGAGGAAGCAAUGGAAAAAACUCUUGAUUUUAUAAGUAAUUCAGACUCAAGCAACCCUACAGAGAAGCAAGGGAAAUGGACUGAUGAGGAAAAAUGCCCAAAUUUCUACAGCAAAAUAAACACGAACAUGGCAGAAAAAGGCUAUUGCUAUGAAGACACAAUGUACCAAGAGGUCCAGAGCAAAUAUGACUCAGAUGCAAGAGAUUCCGUUGAACAGUCCCCAGCUGAUCUCUCUGAUUCCAGUAACAAAGAUCACUUUAGUCAAGAGAUGAAGUCAGGGAUAUUCAAAUCUGAAUCUCCAACUGCAUCUGAGAGUUCUGUGAAAACAUUGCCAUUCAUUUCAAGAGGAGACCUUGAGCAGGAUCCAUAUUCCACAGAGAAAGAUGACAGUUCAGCAAAUACCUCUCCAACCCCACAAACUGAAGUCCUGGAAGCUUCUAGCUGUGACAAGAAGGAGAGCAGAACUCAGGAGAAUGACAAAGACGUAGUAAGAGAUAGGGAAGAGGAUGAGAUAAAUGAAGAUGAGAAAGAAGAAAUUGAAAAAAGUUCUCUUUCACAGCUUUUGUCUAAAGAAGUUAGGGAGGAAGCAGAGGAGGAGGAGAAAGAAAGUCAGUCAUUAACUGAAGAGCACACAAAUGACAAAGACAUCCAAAUGAGUCCCUCUGAAGAUCUCUGCAGCAGAACAGAAAUCCACAAUUUAGCUCUUAACACUGACAAUGAUUUUGCAGGGGGACCCGGUCAUCUUAAUGCAGCAGCAGCAACGACAGCAACAGAUGUUUCAACAAGGGAGUCAGCCAUUGGCGACACAGCACCUCAGCCACAGUCCGCUAUGCCAGUCUUCUCUGCUCUCAAUGAUAAGGCAGCUCCUCCUGCUCAGGCUAGAGAUCAUAUUGAUCACAGCGAUGCUAAGGUUCUGGAGCCAGACUCUCCUCAGCUGCCAGGGAAGUCAAUACUUCCCUCUGCCCCUUCCUGGGCUGACACUCCACCAUCUCCUCAAAAAGGGGAUGAUGAUAUAGAACCAGGCAUAAGUUGUUCCAGUGCUGUGACACCACUAGCUAAACCAGAGCCUAUGGUUCCAUCUGCUCAGCCAAGGACAUAUGGGCGUAAGCAUGUUAGGGGUAGAAGGAGAAUUAUACAUUCAGGUGUGGCAUUAAGGCGACAACUGAGCUUGAAGAAGGAGGAAGAAAAGGAGGACAAAGAAACAAAUUCCUCUCAGCAAAAAUCGAGCAUGGCUCCAAGCAAGACUGUUUUAUUCUCAGAUCAAACUAACCUUGCUCAUCAGGAUUCUAUGGUGAGCCAGACACCUAAAAUGCUGACAGAUGGUUUUCAAUCCAGAAUGUGCACUCGCUCUUUUAAUGCACCAGAUAUGCAAACAAAAGUUGAACCUAAUGUGAAGAGAAAACCAGGCCCAAAACCUGGAUCUAAGCCAGGGUCAAAACCCAGUGCAAAACCAGGGCCUAAGCCAGGUGCUAAGCCUGGUCUAAAGUCAGGUCCCAAACCUGGACCAAAACCUGGGAAAAAGACAGGACAAAAGCCUGCAUCACAUGAAUCAGAAGUGCCACUGAAAAUUGAUACUGUUGUAAGGCAAAAACCAGGGCCAAAACCAGGUUCAAAAUCUGGACCAAAACCAGCCCUAAGACCAGGUCUAAAACCUGGAUUCAAGCCUGCUGAGGUUUUGCCUCCUACUGAGGCUGCUCCCAUCAAAGCUCCAGUUGGUCGCCCCAGGGGCUCAAUUUCAAAAUCAAAAUUGAUGGACCGGGAAGAUCCAAGACAACAAGUCCCAGAAAUGCAAAGCAGGACCAGGAAAGCUCUAAAACAUGCAACACUGCAAUAUAACCAAGACGGAAGAUCUCCUACAGAGGAAAAGCGAUCUCUCCCAGAAAUAAAAGUACAAGAAAGGGAAAACAACAAUAUGGUCUUAAGAUCCAGAAAAGUCUCACAGGAUAAGCUAACAAAAGAAAAGGAAAGGGGAGGGGAAGAUAUUCAAACUUCAACACCAACAGAAAAUAAAAUCAGCGAUAUCUCUCUAAAAGUUAAAGAGGUCAUAGUUGUAAAAAAACUGCUAACUCCAAAUCCUGAUGCCAUGAUAACAACAAAUGUUUCCCUACACUCAUCUGUACCACUUGCAAAGCCAGCCCUCUCUGAAGAAUCUAAAGAAAAGACAUUAUCAAUACUAAAGCGCACAUCUAGCCCAGACAUUUCCACACCACCUGUAAAAAAGAAGAGAGGUCCAAAGCCCAAACUAAGAAACUUACCAUCUCAGUCAGUCCUGUUUGAAGAGAUUCUACCAGCAGGCAAAGAGAAAAGUGUCCGAGGCCCCAGAAGAAAGCGAGGACCACCCAGGAAAGCUUCUCUUGUCAGUGCCUCAACAAAAGAUGCUCCUCCUAACAGCAGUGGAUCUACCAACAGUGACAUGCCUGUGGUGCCUCCUCAGUGCCCCACCAAAACAAAAGUUCUCCCCCCACGCAAAGGCAGAGGGCAGAAAUAUGAGGCAAUGGUACAGAAGAUUACAUCUCCCAGCUCAAAAAAACACUUCCCAGCUACGCAACAAGACAGUAGUCUAAGUGAGGAUUUUACGUCGAAGGCUUUUUCUGAAUUUGUCUUUAAGGAAGGUGAGGCUUUUAUUCAAAUAAAUAACACAGAGACACUAGAGUUUACAAAGGAGGAAAUGAAAGAGCAAGAAGAAGCAAUGACAAUGGAAGAUGUAUCACAACAAUGUGGCAAGCAUGAAUUAAGUCAAGAGGAAUCAGCAAAGGAUAUAGUGAGACCAUUAGCGGAAGAAGAGGUUACAAAUAAGAAUUAUGGAAGACAAGAAAAAGGUAAAGUAGAAAACAAGAUGGAGGUUGCUGACAAUAAGGCUUCGUCUUCAACAGAGACAUCAUUAGAAGUUGGAACUCUAGACGAGAGGACACAACAGACUUCCAAGAGUGAUGCCACAAAGUCUGUCCGAACGAAGAGAAAGAGAUGGGCCAUGGUGGAAAGUACAGAUGCAUCAGUGGUAGCUUUGGAAGCAGACAGCCUCAUUAUUACAACACCAAGACUUGCUAAACAGAGAGCUAUUAAGAACAACCAUGAAAUGCACCUUAAACAGAGGAGGAAGAAGAGAAAGGGCGAAGCCAAUUUAGAGGAAGCUGAGACACUAGAUGAGCUCAACACAACAGAAACGCCAGAACCUGAGGAAAGAAUAGAGGAAAAAGUCACCACCACAAAGUCCACAGAACCUCUACCAACUAGCGGGGAUAAAUUCACAGAAACCCCCCAAGCCAUCUCUGUAGAACUUAUUCAAAAACCUCGAAGAGGCCGAAAACCAUCCGCAAACCCAACUAAACAAAGAAGAAGCCAAGCCUCAAUGGAGCAUGCUCCUGGGAAGCCAGUGAAGAUCCACAAAAAACCUGGGCCAAAACCUGGAAUGAAAGAUGCCAUUGAGGUAAUUGAGGCAGUUGUAAGGGCAGCCGGAUGUGAGCAGGACCAAAAAGAGGAAAGAGCAAAAGAAGAAAGAGAAAAAAGAGAACGAGAGAAUAUAGAAAGUGAAGAGACUAGUAUUGUGGGUCCUGUGGUGACCGUUACAGAAAAGCAGAUGGAGUUCAUUUCUGUGAAAAGAAUCAGAAGGAGACCAAUCAACAGGAAUUCCAAACUAUCUUUUUGUCCUUAUGUACGUAUCAAUAACUCUAGAGACUUUUCUUCUUGGUGUGCCAUAGUCAACAAGCCUGAAGACGCUGUUGUAUUUCAGAGACGGAGAAAAAAGGGCAUACUUAGAAUGAGGAAUCCUUUCACAGUUGCUAAAGUAGUGCCACAUACUGCUGCCAUGCAACUAGGACCAUUGGUAAACACAAAUCUAUCUGAAAUGCGUCUUAUGUGUUGCUUGUGUGGGAAACCACCAAACUACAAAGACCUGGGUGAUUUGUGUGGACCAUACUACACAGAAGAUAGUAUUCCACGGAAAAUGUUGACUAUCACACAUACGCAACUCUUCAGGGAAGAUGACAGCAAGACCCAUGGGAAUGACAGUAACAGUAGUGAAGAACCAGGGACGUCCUCAAAGACUGAAGAUAGAGUGAACUCAGAAAAGGAGGGAAAUACAGAAGCUACCACUGAAGAGGCUGGAAACAGCAGGCACCAUCACCGGCACUACAGACGGCUACUGAGACCAGAAAGACCGUGUCAGGAAGGUGGUCCGAGAAGAGUUACCCUCAGACAGAGAUUCAGGAGAAUGAAGCAGCUCCAGAAUCUCUGCACGGCCACUUCAAAAGACCAAGAGGGCAAUGAAAGCAUGUUCCAAAAGCUACAAAUGGAGGCAGUGGCCAAGGAGCACUGGGCUCAUGAAAACUGUACCAUCUGGACCAAGGGGAUAAUUAUGGUAGCUGGAAGGCUAUAUGGACUGAAGGAAGCUGCCAACAAGUCAGUUCAAACGAGCUGUCACAAGUGCCAGAUUUCGGGAGCGUCUCUCAGCUGCUGUUGGAGAGGCUGCUCUUAUAAGUACCACUACAUCUGCGCCAAAGAGAUAGGCUGCACAUUUCAUGAGGAUGAUUUUUCCAUCAAAUGCCCAAAACAUGAGGUAAGACAAGAAAACUGUUACUAGUAAAAUUUAUGCAUUUUAAUCAUUACAGUGUUUGUUGCUGAUGAUAUUUUACAAGACCUGAAGAACUUCUAGUCCUUAAAAUCGACACUUUACAGCAUCGUAUUGUAGAGUAUCUUAUAGUGCUUUGAAAACGUAUUCCUACAUCCUAAAAUUUUAGAUCCAUUGUCACAUUACAACCACAAUGUAUUUCAAUGAUAUUCAAAAGGUACUGCAUAAUUAUUUGUUGGAAUUGGAAAUGACAAAUGGAGUUCAGCAUUAGUUUACAAAAAGAAAGCUCUGAAAGGUAUGUUAUGUAUUUUUGUUAACCCCCUUUUACUCUGAAACCCCAAAAUAAAAUUCAGUGCAUGGAAAGUGUCCAUGUAUGAUUCAAGUCUGAAUGAAUAUUGUGGAAGUUUCACUUUUAUUUUUAUUUUUAGAAGGCAUACGUGAACAAGCAGAGCUCAUAAUUUAGCUUUUCUUCUCAUGACUCCCUUCCUGUCCUACUUUUACUUUUCUAAAAGGAACAGUGUACACUUGUGCACAUCCAAAAUGUGAAUCGCCUGGAUAUACUGCAUGUCACAUGCAGUGCAGUUUACGCAGCUCUUCCUGUCCCUGUUAGUGUCCUUUAAUUACAAAGGACAGAUUCCUCAUUAUCAUCCCAGACUCACUAAUUGUUAAACAUUUCCAGCAGCCUAGACCGACCCAACACCCUCAGACCUCCACAAUUACAACGGCUUCCUGCUUUUCUGGUGAACAUUAACAGUCUGCACCACACCUGCUUUUCCUGUGGGACAGACACCAUCUGCUGGUGAUGAAUGGACAGUGCAGCACAGCGUGGAAGGUCAAACGCGAGGGGGGUGGGGGGGCUGGUAGAGAGAGGCAGAGAUGCUGACAUUCAGCAGAGAGCAGCAGUGCAUUGAGGCAGCGGUGGCACCAGCCUCACAUCCUCCCUCCCUUCCCCCCACCUCCCCCUCUUCUCUGCAUCUGCAUUUUCUGUUCCUCCCUCCCUCCUUUGCUCCCUUUCCCUUUCCUGCUCUCCUCUGUGCAGACUGGCAGGGAUGAAAAGCUGGCAGCUGAUCAAAACACCCCACCCACCAUUGCUGCCUGUUAUCCUCCCCACAUGCUCUCUCCACCAUUACUCUCUACUUCUUCCUCUCAUUAUUUCUCCUUCCUCCUUCUUUUUUCCUGUUAGCCUCAUUCCGCUUCUUUGCUCCCCCGCUGCUCCGUCUCUCCCAGCGUCUCAAUCCGUUCACCUUCUGAUAUCCUAUAAGCUCCCCGAUUUGUUUUUUUUCCCCCUUCCAUCCUCUCUUCACCCUUCCUCAAUCAGCGCCUUUCUCACCCGCUUCCUUUCCCAUCCUCUCUCUCUCUCUCUCUCUCCCUGCGCCUCCCCCUUCACCUCCACUCCCACGUCUGAGCGGCAGAGACGAAGUGUGAGAAACAGAGAGAAAAUGAGAGCAAGUCAGAGAGAGAGAACGUUAUUAGCUGCGCUGAGGCAGAGCUGUCAUCAGGCUGAGGGAUCUGAGAGGCUGCAUGUCUGCGCCGAGCCAAUUUAAGCUGAGCGGCCCAAUCAAAGGGAAGAGGAGACACGGAUAAACAUGCAAGCGCCCCACCCAUGGGUUGCCACGUCAGAGGACUCUCUUUAUCCCUGUGUUCUCACUUUAAGGCGGGAUAAAAUUCACCUAAACGUGACGCAUUAAUAGCGCAUCAGCAUGGGAUGAUUAGCAGGUUAGCUGUAAGCUCACAUAUGUCCACUUGGGUGCAACCCCCCCCCCCAAAAAAAUUAAGGAACAGGAGAAACGCAGACAGCUUCACGCUGAGGCUAAGCUGGAAUAAAAAGAGCCGAAUCAGGACAGUUACAUCAGAGAGCAGCAGACUGGAAGACGUCGAGGUGGUGCAAGAAAGGAAAGGCUACAAAAGUGGAGAGCCUUCGUGUGACGGCAAGGUGGAGAGACUAAAGUUGUAACAAUAAAACAUCAUGUGUUACUCCAGAAAGCAGACAGAGACAGAGAGAGAACAGGAAGACCAUGAGGAUGGGCAGCUGGCAGACUGAAGUCAGAAGGAGGAAAAUAAAUGAAGAAUACACUGCUUUUCAAAUGUAUGCAACUAAACAUAGAAUAAAAUCUGGAAGAGACUAUAAAGAUUUGAUACUGGACGGAGGCCUUUCAGCAAGCUAACAUGAAAUACUGCCACAGUGUUAAAAUGUGUCAAAAUUGAAAAUGACCAAUAAAUGUGUAUUUAAAAAAUUGACAUGCACAGAUCCUCAGAGUGACUGGGAGUUAUUUUGCAAAAGAGAAAUGAACAGAAAAUGAAGUUUUUAGAUGUGCAAACCUUUUAGAGAUGUAGCCAGAAAGACUUAAAGCUGCCUGGAGCCAAACAUGUUUCAGCACAUUAAAUACAAACUCAUACAACCUAUUUCAAAUUUCUAUUUGUUAAGAAAACUGAAAUUUUGUGUGUGUGUGUGGGGGGGGGGGCUUGUUUUUUUUCAUCAUGAUGCAGCACUUUCUUUGUGUUGGCUGAUAAAAAUGUAGGAAAAUACACAGAAACUUGUGACUGUAGCACAACAAAAACAAGAAGAGGCUCAAGCAGUGUGAAAACUUUUGCUAGUCACUCUAAGUGCAUCUCUGCCUCUUACAUGGUUUUCUUUUUACAGCCAAGCUGGUCAGCUGAAUUCAUCUCCUCUUUCAUGCAGCAGCCUCGCUUUGAUGUUUUCUGCACAUUUCUGCAGGAAAAGCUCCAACUCUCACCGCUCAGAGUGGCCUGGAGGCUCUCUCCACCUGCAUCACAGCUGCCUGAAGCUUUUUCUGGUUCAAACCAAAGGGGGUGGGGGCGAAGGGUCAUAAGACAGGAUGAAGAGAGUCGCUCUGAACGUCUCUAAAUUUCUCCUUUCUUCCUUAACAGGAUCUGUAAGAUAUCCCUGCAUUCCAUCUUCACUACCAAAAUCAUCACUCUGCCACUUGUCCUGCAAGCCAAAUAAAUAAAUAAAUAAAAAUAAAAUACAUGACAGUAGACGAGCACGACGGUGAGAGGCUGCGUCGAGGUGUGGGACUAUGGAGCCGCUUUUUCCCUGGAGAGCUGAACAGCUGCUUGGUGAAAAACGAUCCCUUGCAGCGAGGCAGGGGGUGGUGACGCCGUCUAUCAACGGGAAGGGACGUGCUUUUUGUCUGGACCCCAGCGGAAACUAUUUGAAAUGCAGAGCGAGGAACGUUCGUGUGAGUGUGUGUUUUCGGAUGGGCUCAGAGAACUGAACAGAAAGGUCCCUUUGGCCGCCUCGUCCAACAGGAUCCCACAGCAGUGUCCUUCCGGUGCGUGUGUGAUUACUCAUUCCACAGCCACACCCUCGCCAUGUGUUUGUGUCUGAGUGCAUCUUCAAUUCAAGAUCUCGUCUGUCUUGGUGGAGGGGUGGUGAUGGGGGAGAGAGGAUUAUAUAUACAUAUAUAUAAAAGAAAAACGAAAAAAAAAAAAAAAAAAACACUGUACCAAGUGUCAAACAUGGUGGCGGUAGCAUCAUGAUGUUGGGCUGUUUUUGUAAACAGCCUAAUAAACAAAAAUACAGCAACCAACCAGUGGAUGUACCAUUUCAAUGUCAGCAUUUGUGUUUGGAACACGAGACGAAACUAAAAACGAUAAACGAGGAAACUGUAAAUGAUGUGCUUUACAGGUUCUAAAAGAAAAAAAAUGUAUUUUAAUAUAAUGCUCUUAUCUUUAAAGGUGUAUAUUGAUGUGCAUUAUGACUAGGCAACAUCAUUGCGUCACCCUUGUUAUAUGUCAGACUUUGUGUUACUCAGAAAUGAAAAUAUACAGAUAUAUAUGUAAAAAAAAAAAAAUAAUAAUGAUAAUAAAAAAAUAUAAAAUUUGUUGAGUUUAAUUCAACUGUGUGCACAUUCAGUAUGUACAGCAGACAUCCUCAUCGUACCGGAUCAGACGAGGGCUUGGAUUACGGAAGCGGAGUUCGGUUUCAUGUCACUUCACAUCAAUGUACAGCUCAGAAAUAUCCAAUGGUGUGUAAUUACUCCACAGCCACGCAAAGAGACGCUCCACCUGUCUGUUUGUGUAUCGAAAAUGUAGCCUAUUCUUCUCUCUGCCGGGCAAUAUAACGCUGCACCGCGCAGAGAGACCGUUAACGUUCUAGUCAUAUCAGAAAGAGACAUAUUUAAGUAUUAACAGCAGAAAAGAAAGUGCAAAAACGUCACACCAAAACAUUCUCUUUUCGAAGCUCAUUAUUUAAUGGUGUACAGAAGUAUUUGAUGCUGUUUAAAUGUAAGAUGUGAUGUACUAAUAUAAUUGUGUAUAGUAUUUCCUAGAGAUGUUUAUUUUCUAUAAAAUGGAAUAUGUUAUUGCUUAUAAAACGUUAUUAAAAGAAUCCACUGAUGAUACAAAAAAAAAAAUAACCCCCCUUUUUUGGAAUGUCACUUGUCUUAAGUGGGAGCAUGCCGUUUUAUUGAUUUUCAUGUCUGUUUGUUUUGGACUCGAUGACACUACAGCAUCACUUGGUUUGAAAUGUUUUUUGUAACGCCAAUGUUAAAUAUACCAGCACCUUUCAAUGCUGCUACGACCAAUGCCUGAUGUUUUUGUCUUCCCUCGACACGCACACUUUGACACAUUGAAGAAAAUACCUGGACUAACGGCGCACGGCUAAUUUAUGAUAAAAUAAGGGGGCGGAGGGGAGAAGUAGCAUGUUUUCCAUUUCGUUUACGUCAAAGGUUUGAGAUCAUAAAACUUUUGGAUUUUUUUUUUUUUUAGCAAAUGUUUCCCAUCUAAGGAUAAAUAUUCACUGAGACUUUCUGGGAGUGUUUGGCCUUUGUUGUGUGCAUUAAACACAACAAAAAUCUGAAGAGUGUGCAAUACAAUUUUGAAACUGCUUAAAGGACCUAAAAUGUCAAAACCUACAAAGUAAGUACUUAGGAACAUAUGUCACUCUUCAAAAGAGGAAACACAAGAGAUCAUGUCAUUUUAGUUUAACACAUAACCAGUCAGAACAAUUAUUGAAGUUUAAACUAUUAGUUAAAUUUUCAAAUUAAGAAGAUUCACCAAUAAAUAAAAAAGCCGUAAGUUUUCUUUAAAAAAAUUAUUUAAUAUUUACAUGUAAGGAUGAAAUAAUAGAGAGGAAGGAGGAAAAAAACGUUAAAUGUCAGCUAUAAGACAAUACCUUCCAACAAGGUUGCUACACAAGCUCUCUCCUCAGUUUUCACAUGACCAACUAUAUAUA